AUGGUUAUUGCUAGCGGGAGAGUGUUUGCUCCGCUGGAUGUGAAUUGUUUGGGACAGGGACGGCCUCUGGCGGAGAAGAGUCGUGAGAAGAGAACAAAGGGUUUCUCGGAGUUGCCAAGUGCGAGGAGCCAUGGAACUUUACGGGUACAAGCUGCUCAGUUGCGGGUGCACAGCAGCAAAACGGACCGACAUAUCAGCAUCUACGAGACUAUGCCCUGUGCGGAGCCGGCCCCACGAGAAACACUACCUUCCACACUGCCAGCACCGCUAGUGUUUGUAGAGGACUACCUGCCGGACCCUCCUCAAUGUAGUCCACUGAAGAAGAAGCUGUCCCUGCACGACAUCCGGUCGCGGGUUUGCCAGCGGGACAAAGUACCGUCCCUGCGGCUGCGGUCGACCCAAUCGUCAUACGACGUGGCGCGGGGGAAACAGCAUCUGUUACAGCCUGCCUCCGGUGACCGUACUGUGCACCAGUUUGUUCACGGUAUACUCGGUAUGGACCCAACGUCUGCGUUACGACCGAGCGAGUUGCAAAGACUGCACUACGAACCGUUAGGCGGUCCCUCCCAUGGCGACACCCCUGUACAGCGAUGUGUCGUAUGCUACACGCCGCUAUUUGACGUGAGCCUCGCAUUGGCACCUCUCCAUUGCAGUGAGACCGUGUGCGAGCAGUGUGCGGACCGUUACGAGAGUUGCACUGCUGCUCUGAGCGAGUACGAGUUCGACAGCACAAUAUGCGAAGACGACGACGAGAGCGACAACCGAUGGCACUUCUCAAAGGAGCUGUUCGACCAGUUACGAAGCAUUCUUCAGCACUCGCAGAGUACAUAG